AUGCCGUGUCAGACUCAGGCGGCCGCCACGCCGCCGCCGGCGCCGCCAAAGAAGUCGUUGUCCGGGAAAGCCUUGAUCUCAGAGAUGGACCUGCGCGUGAACCGCAUGGUGAAGCUGAUCGAGGAGGACGCCGACUCCUUCGCCAAGAAGGCCGAAAUGUACUACCAAAAGCGCCCCGAGAUGAUCGGCCUCGUCGAAGAAUUCCACCGCAUGUACCGCACAUUGGCCGAGCGCUACGAUUCCGGUGACCUCCGCAAAACCAGUGGCGCCACCACGCCCAUCUACGAUCUCCAAUCCCAAAGCUCCGCCGUCUCCGAUGCCGGAUCCGAGCCGCCCUCCACCAUGCCCUCCCCUGACCGCCGCCUCGGACGCCGUAGGUCCGGCACCUGCCCCCGCGCCGCCGGGUUCGAGUUUUUCCUCGGCGGUGGAGGCGGCGGGAAUUGCUCGGAUUAUCGAGACGGGGAUGACUUUCCGACGCUCGACUACGAGUCGGGAUCGGACGAUUUCUCGAUUAAGAACUACAUGAACAACGACGAGAGCUUGGAUGAUUCGGAGGCCGAAGUUGUUGAUCCUAUCAGCAAAAGCCAUACAUCCGAUGACGAGGACGCCAGCGGAGACCUCCGGAAGAAGAUUCGAGACAAGGUAUUGCACGCGAGGAAGAUCGAAGAUCGGCUAAAAUCGUACGAAGAAGAGGCGUCCUAUUGGAAGAGCCAACACGCAAAAGAGCGGCAAGACACAACGAAGCUUCAAGAGCGCGUGUCGACGUACAAAACGACGCUCCAAGAGCGCGAUCGCGAAAUCAAAAGGCUAAAGGAGGCGAUCUCGAAGGCCGACUUAAGCUUGUCUCGAGAAAACGAGAGGCUCAAACAAGAGCUGCGGAGGUUGUCGAAGGAGAAGAUGUUCCUCGAGGAUCAUGUCAAGGAGUUGGAGGUUCAUUGUCGCCGAUCAUUCGAUGCUCAAAAGAACGGGAACACCAUCGAAAUCGAGCAGUUAAUCGCCGAGGUGGCAUGCAAGGAUAAGUGCAUGACGGAGCUCACGAAAAACGUCGUGGCGCUCCAACUCGAGCGCGACGUCGUGAUCACCGAGAACGACGAUUUGGGCGCGGAGCUAAGCUAUAGGGACGAUGUGAUCGAUCGGAUGAACGAGCACGUGCGGCAGCUGCACGUGGAGCUGAUAGCGGCGGGGGAGAGGGGGCGGAAGUCGGAGAACGCGUUGCGGGCGAGGGUGAGGGAGCUCGAGCGAGAGGUGGAGAAGAAGCGGCGGAUGUUGAAGGAAGGGGCGGAGGAGAAGCGGGAGGCCAUACGGCAGCUCUACUUCUCGCUCGAGCAUUAUCGAAACGGAUACCACCGGCUCCGGCGAGCCAUGAUCGUCGGAAACGGUGUACCGCCGGACGCCGACGUGGCGCCUGCGCCUUAA